AUGGCACCGAUAGCCACAUACAAGAAUAUCCGAAACAUUUCGAGACGAGUCUCGGAGAGUAAAGGCCAAAUCAAUCGGGAGACUAUCGAGUACAUGGAGGAACACCUUCCGGGUCACUUUCGACAAAUUUUUGAGAAAGAUCCUGAUUUGACGACCCGAGUCAAGGCAGCUCUGGGUCGGAAUCCGCGCCUGAUGGCGAAGAAGGAUAUGGACGAUGCUUUGAAGGCCGAAAAGCAGCUAGAAUCAGCCCAUCAGCUCCCUAUUCCUUCCGGUGAUUCUGUUGAGUCAACAACAAAGUCAGCCUCAAGGUCAACCCGAAAGCCGACAAAGGAGAGACCUUCCGGCAGUAAACAGUCAGCGACAGUGCCGAAUUCAGAAGCCGUCGAUGUCGAUGUCGAGGUCGAUGAAGAGAUUGAAGGCGAAUCGGAAUCGGAAAGUCAACCUAAAGCGAAGCGACAAAGAGUUCAGAUUGUGGACGUCCCCAUACCCAGCAAUAUCAACGCAAACCUACAGGAACUGAUCCGAGAACAGCCUGAUUUGGAAACGUUUCAGCCUCAAUGGCCAAGCAAGUCGGAAGUGGCAAUUGGUGAAUGGGGACCAGAUCCAAACCCAAAGCGAUUAAUCACAGCAGAGAUCCAAAAGACCGCCGUCGUGGGAUUCUACAUCCGAAAUCUGCUCAAGAACGGGAAAGCGAUCAUCACUGACGAGAGUUACUCUGCAAAAGCAGAUCGGGUAUUCUCUGGGGAUCGAGACACCACCCUCACCACACCGCAGAUAAUGCGGAACAUCGAAUGGCUCGAGAAAGCUAAAGAAUUCGGCGCCGACCAAUCCGAGGAGAAUCUGAUGAAAUACGUCUUCGCAAACGUCGGUGACAAGACGGUCUGUCUCCCAUGGUCUGACGCAGACGACGUCAAAAAGAAUCCCGAAUUCGGAGUCUUAUACGCAUUCCUGUCCGCGAAGCAUUCGGACGACGAGGCAGAGUCGAUUUUCGGACCCGGAUGGGCUACUCCGGCAGCGUUGCUCGCCCGACUGACGGAAUUGCAAAACCGACUGAAGGUCGCGUCGGAUAAGGCACAAAUUUCUGUGGAGGCAUGCGUCGGUUUGAUGAAAGGCGACGAGCCAAUGGAAACAAAAAUAGGAUUCUUGCGGAUGGUUUUCAAAGGGCUCAUUGGAGAUGCUUGCGAUCCUCUGGAAUUGGCUUUUCGAAUGCGUACAUUGGACCUGGAGGAACCGGCAGGGAUUGGCAAGAGCACAUGGCAGACACUAUGCGACGAAACCCUCUUGGAUUUGGAUUGA